GCCACCCGCAGCCUCCCGGGGCGCAUUGCAGCCGCGACGGCGGACCGGCCUGCUGCGCGGGGCGCGACCGGCGGCGGACGCGAGCGCGGCCCAGGUCCCCGGCUGGCGGCGGCGGCGGCGCGCGGGAGCGGGGAAGCAGCCAUGGCCCCGGGCUGCCCGCGCCUCUGGGUCCUGGUGGUCCUGGGCGCCGGCUGCGCAGGCUGGGGGCGCCCGGGGGCCGAGGCGGCGCGGCUGAGGCAGUUCUACGUGGCCGCGCAGGGCAUCCGCUGGGACUACCGCCCCGAGCCCGCAGACCCGAGUUCGAAUCCUUUUGAAACUUCCUUUCAGAAAAUUGUCUACAGAGAGUAUGAACCAUAUUUUCAGAAAGAAAAACCACGAUCCAAAAUUUCAGGACUUCUUGGGCCAACUUUGUAUGCGGAAGUUGGAGAUAUCAUGAAAGUUCACUUCAAGAAUAAGGCAGACAAGCCCUUGAGCAUCCACCCUCAAGGAAUUAAAUACAGUAAAUUCUCAGAAGGUGCGUCUUACUCUGACCACACAUUCCCUGUGGAAAAGCUGGAUGAUGCUAUAGCUCCAGGCCAGGAAUAUACCUAUGUGUGGAAUAUCAGUGAGGACAGCGGGCCCACGCACAAUGACCCUCCGUGCCUCACACACACCUAUUACUCCUAUGAAAAUUUGGUACAGGACUUCAACUCCGGGCUUAUUGGACCUCUGCUUAUUUGUAAGAAAGGCACCCUGACUGAGGAUGGGAUUCAGAAGAUGUUUGACAAGCAACAUGUGCUGAUGUUUGCCGUGUUUGAUGAAAGCAAGAGCUGGAGCCAGUCAUCGUCUUUAAUGUACACGGUCAAUGGUUACGUGAACGGGACAAUGCCAGAUAUCACUGUUUGUGCCCAUGACCACAUUAGCUGGCAUCUGAUUGGAAUGAGCUCUGGGCCAGAACUGUUCUCCAUUCAUUUCAAUGGCCAGGUCUUGGAGCAGAAUCAUCAUAAGAUCUCAGCCAUCACCCUUGUCAGUUCUACGUCCACUACCGCAAACAUGACUGUGGGCCCAAAGGGAAAGUGGAUCAUAUCUUCUCUCUUCCCAAGUCAUUUUCAAGCUGGGAUGCAGGCUCAUAUAGACAUUGCAAGCUGUGCAAAGAAAACCAGGAAUCCUAAGAAACUAACUCGCGACCAGAGGCGGCACAUUAAGAGGUGGGAAUACUUCAUUGCUGCAGAGGAAGUCAUUUGGGACUACGCACCGAUAAUACCAGCGAAUAUGGACAAAAAAUACAGAUCUCUGCAUUUGGAUAAUUUCUCAAACCAAAUUGGAAAACAUUAUAAGAAGGUUGUUUACAAGCAGUACCAAGAUGAGUCUUUCACCAAACGCAUGGAGAAUCCCAAUAUCAAAGAAGAUGGGAUCUUGGGUCCUAUUAUCAGAGCCCAGGUCAGAGACACACUCAAAAUCGUGUUCAAAAAUAUGGCCAGCCGUGUCUACAGCAUUUACCCUCAUGGAGUGACCUUCUCUCCUUAUGAAGAUGAAGUCAACUCUUCCUUCACCUCAGGCAAUAACACUAUGAUCAGAGCAGUUCAGCCAGGGGAAACCUAUACUUACAAGUGGAACAUCCUAGAGUCUGAUGAACCCACAGAAAAUGAUGCCCAGUGCUUAACAAGACCGUAUUACAGUAAUGUGGACAUCACCAGGGACAUUGCCUCUGGACUGAUCGGGCUACUUCUAAUUUGUAAGAGCAGAUCCCUGGAUAAACGAGGCAUACAGAGGGCAGCAGACAUUGAGCAGCAGGCUGUGUUUGCUGUGUUUGAUGAGAACAAGAGCUGGUACAUUGAGGACAAUAUCAACAAGUUCUGCGAAAAUCCCGAUAAGGUGAAACGUGAUGACCCCAAGUUUUAUGAAUCAAACAUCAUGAGCACUAUCAAUGGCUAUGUGCCUGAGAGUAUACCCACGCUAGGAUUCUGCUUUGAUGACACUGUCCAGUGGCACUUCUGCAGUGUAGGGACCCAGGAUGACAUUUUGACCAUUCACUUCACUGGGCACUCAUUCGUCUAUGGAAAGAGACAUGAGGACACCUUGACGCUCUUCCCCAUGCGUGGGGAAUCUGUGACCGUCACAAUGGAUAAUGUUGGAACGUGGAUAUUAACUACAGUGAAUUCCAGUCCCAGAAGCAAGAACCUAAGGCUGCGAUUCAGGGACGUUAAGUGUAUCUGGGAUGAAGACGACGAUUCAUAUGAGAUUAUAUAUGAACCUCCGGCAUCUACAGCCAUGACUACACGGAAAAUGCGUGAUUCUUCAGAAAACAGAGGUGAAGAGGACGAUGCUGACUAUGAUUAUCAGGAAAACCUGGCUUCAUGGUUAGGAAUUAGGUCAUUCAGAAAUUCAUCACUGAAUCAGGAGGAAGAGGAGUUUAAUCUUACUGCCCUAGCUCUGGAUAACUACUCAGAGUUCAUUCCUUCAAGUACUGAUCCAGCUAUUCGUUCAAAUUCUUCUUUCCUGAGUAGCAUUAGCAGGCUUAUUGUCCAUAACUUUGUAGGACCUCACAAAACACUUCCUCGCCCAGAAGCCACCACAGCUGGUCCCCCCUUGGGACGCAUUGGCUUGGACAAGAAAUCAGUUCUCAACUCUUCCACAGAAGAACAUUCCAGCCCUUAUUCUGAAGACUCCAUGGAGGAUCCUCUCCCAUCAGAUAUCACAGGGAUAAGCCUUCUUCCGCUCGAUGCAGAUGGUUUCAGGAAUCAAAAACAUGCUAAGCACAAUGGAUCCAAGAAAAGAAGAGACCACACAACAAAGCAUGGGAUCUCCCAGGUGGGACUUUCAGCAUAUAAAACUGGGAGCCAUUUAAGACAAGGCAACUCUUCUCCUUCCAGAACGGGAGCCUGGGAAGACCUUCCCGGUGAUCUGUUACUCUUAAGACAAAAGAACCCAUCAAAGAUUUUGAAUGGGAAAUGGCAUCCGGCUUCUGAGAAAGGUAGUUAUGAAAUAGUCCAAGAUGCUGAUGAAGACACAGCUGCCACUAAGCUGCUGAGCAGCCCUCAGAAUGCCUCGAGGACUUUGGGAAAAAGCAGCCCUUUCACAAACAAAGACAGAAAGCAGAGUGGCCACCCCCCAUUUUCUGGAAUUAGAAAGAAAUUUCUGCAAGAAAGACAGGAUGGAGGAAACGGUAGAUUGAAGAAAAGUGCUUUUUUCAUUAAAACACGAAAAAAGAAAAAGGAAGAGAAGCUUGCACACCAUAUUCCUCUAUCUCCAAGGGGCUUUCAUCCUCUAAGAAAGGCUAAUACCACAUUUGCAGACAGGAGACUUAAUCACUCAUUGUUAUUCCAUAAAUCCAAGGAAACACCUUUUUAUCCCACAGACCUCAAUCAGACAUUCCCCUCUGUGAAUCUUAGCCUGAUAGCCUCACUUCCUAACCAUAAUCAGAAUCCCCCAAAUGACACCAGUCAGACAAGCUCCCCUUCAGAUCUUUAUCAGACAAUAACCCCAGAAGAACGCUAUCAAACAUUCCCUAUUCAAGACUCUGAUCAAAUGCACUCCACUACAGAGUCUAGUCAUGGAUCUCUCCCAGAGCGUGGCCAGAUGCUCAACUAUGACCUAAGGAACAAGUCCUUCCCUACUGACAUUGCUCAGAUGUUCCCUUCCUUGGAGCCUGAAGCCUGGCAGACAACCAUCUCUGCAGAUCUCAGUCAACCAACCCUUUCCCCAGACCUCAGCCAGACAGCUGUUUCCCCAGACCUUGGCCAGAUGCCCCUUUCCCCAGACCUCAGCCAGGAGCCUCUCUUAUCAGACCUCAGCCAGAUGGCCCUUUCUCCAGACCACAGACAAACAACCCUUUCUCCAGACCUCAGCCAGACAGAUGUUUCCCCAGACCUCAGUGAGAUAACCAUUUCCCCAGAUCUCAUAAAGAUGAACCUUCCCCCAGACCUCAGCCAGAUGCCCUUCUUCCCAGACCUCAGCCAGGAGACUCUCUCAUCAGACCUCGGCCAGAUGCCUCUUUCCCCAGACCUCGGCCAGGAGACCCUCUCAUCAGAUGUUGGCCAAACAACCCUUUCUCCAGAUACCAGCCAGACAACACUCUCUCAAGACCUUGGUCAGAUACCCCUUUCCCCAGACAUCAGUCAAACAGCCCUUUCUCAUGAUCUCAGGCAGACAUCAUCUCCUCCAGACCUUGAUCAGACAUCCAACACCUCUGAAUUUAGUCAUUCAUUGCUUCUUCCAGAAUUUGGUCAGAUUUCCCCUUCUCCAGACCUUAGUCAGGUGCCAUCUCCUCCACUAUCUUCUACGGUAAAUAACACUUUUAUACCAAGGGAACUUAACCCACCAGUUGUAAUAGGCCUCAGUGGAAACGAUGGAGAUUACAUUGAGAUUAUUCCAAGGCAGAAGGAAGAGAGCAGUGAAGAAAUCAUUGAUGACAUUGAUUACGUGGCCUAUGAUGACCCUUACCAAACUGAUGUUAGGACAGACAUUAACUCUUCCAGAAAUCCCGACAAAAUUGCAGCAUGGUAUCUCCGCAGCAACAAUGGAAACAAGAAAUAUUAUUACAUUGCUGCUGAAGAACUAUCCUGGGAUUAUUCAACAUUUGCUCAAAGUGAAGUAGAUAAUGAAGACAUUGACGAUGUUCCCGAGAACACCGUAUACAAGAAAGUGGUCUUUCGAAAGUAUCUUGAUGGCUCUUUUACCAAACGUGAUCCUACGGGGGAGCUUGAAGCUCAUCUCGGCAUUCUUGGUCCUGUUAUUAGAGCUGAAGUGGAUGAUGUCAUCCAAGUUCGUUUUAAAAAUUUAGCAUCCAGACCAUAUUCUCUUCAUGCCCAUGGGCUUUCCUAUGAAAAGUCAUCAGAGGGAAAGUCUUAUGAAGAUGAUUCUCCUGAAUGGUUUAAGGAAGAUAAUGUUGUUCAGCCGAACAGCAGUUAUACAUACGUAUGGCACGCCACUCCAAGGUCGGGGCCAGAAAACCCUGGCUCUGCCUGCCGGGCUUGGGCCUACUACUCAGCAGUGAACCCGGAAAAAGAUAUCCAUUCUGGCUUGAUAGGUCCCCUUCUGAUCUGCCAAAAAGGAGUACUUCAUAAGGAGAGCAACACGCCCGUGGACAUGAGAGAAUUUGUCUUACUCUUUAUGGCCUUUGACGAAAGGAAGAGCUGGUACUAUGAAAAGAAACCCCAGUCUCCCAGGGCUUGGAAGCUGUCAUCCUCCGAAGAAAAAACCUCCCACGAGUUUCAUGCCAUUAAUGGGAUGAUUUACAGCUUGCCUGGCCUGAGAAUGUAUGAGCAAGAGUGGGUGAGGUUGCACCUGCUGAACAUGGGCGGCUCCCGAGACAUUCAUGUGGUUCACUUUCACGGCCAGACCUUGCUGGAAAACGGCACCCAACAGCACCAGCUAGGGGUCUGGCCCCUUCUGCCUGGUUCAUUUAAAACUCUUGAAAUGAAGGCAUCAAAAUCCGGUUGGUGGCUCCUUGACACAGAGGUUGGAGAAAACCAGAGAGCUGGGAUGCAGACACCUUUUCUCAUCAUAGACAGAGAAUGUAAGAUGCCAAUGGGACUAAGCACUGGUAUCAUAGCUGAUUCACAGAUCAGGGCUUCUGGGCAUUGGGGUUAUUGGGAGCCCAAACUAGCAAGAUUAAACAAUGGUGGAUCAUAUAAUGCUUGGAUCACAGAAAAGCCUUCAGAAGUUGACCUUAAACCUUGGAUCCAGGUUGACAUGCAGAGGGAAGUCGUCCUCACAGGGAUCCAGACCCAAGGUGCCAAACACUAUCUGAAGUCCUACUACACCAUGGAGUUCUAUGUGGCCUACAGCUCUGACCAGACAAACUGGCAGAUCUUCAAAGGGAACAGCACAAGGAACGUGAUGUAUUUUGAUGGCAAUUCAGAUGCCUCUACAAUAAAAGACAAUCAGUUUGACCCACCCAUCGUGGCUAGAUAUAUUAGGAUCUCUCCAACCAGAUCCUACAAUAGAGCUGCCCUUCGCUUGGAGCUACAAGGCUGUGAGGUUAACGGAUGCUCCACACCGCUGGGUAUGGAAAGUGGAAAGAUAGAAAACAAGCAAAUCACAGCUUCCUCAUUUAAAAAAUCUUGGUGGGGAGAUUACUGGGAACCCUUCCGUGCCCGUCUCAAUGCCCAGGGCCGUGUGAAUGCCUGGCAAGCCAAGGCAAACAACAACAAGCAGUGGUUACAAAUUGACCUACUCAAAAUCAAGAAAAUAACUGCGAUUGUAACACAGGGCUGCAAGUCUCUGUCCUCGGAAAUGUACGUGAAGAGCUACACCAUCCACUACAGCGACCAGGGAGUGGAUUGGAAAUCGUACAGGCAGAAAUCCUCCAUGGCGGACAAGAUUUUCGAAGGAAAUAAUAAUGUCAAAGGACAUGUGAAGAAUUUUUUCAACCCACCAAUUAUUUCCAGGUUUAUCCGCAUCAUUCCUAAAACAUGGAACCAAAGUAUUGCACUUCGCUUGGAACUCUUUGGCUGUGAUAUUUACUAGAAUUGAAUAUUCAAGGACAUAGGAAAGACUCUUAAAGAUAUCAAGCCAUUUAGAGCGGGCAAUGUAUUUUAUAGCUAUUUUAAAUAUUAAUAAUUUUGAUUGUUUCCUUUUCUCUAUUAGAGAAUAAAAUUUUAUGUAUGAAA